GUUGCUGUCUUCCAGUCCAAGUGCCACAAGCAUGUCUCCGAGCGCUUGCAGGAGGCAAGCGACCACGCGGCCGCCAAGAAAUGGACUGGCUGCAUUGCGAAGGUCGACGGCCGCGUGGAGGGUGAUGAUCAUGUGUUCGGUGGCAUCAUCGACUGUUGUGUUCCCGCUGCAUCUCCUUGGCUGGCGAUCCUAUUGCGCGGUGCGUUCAAGGAGCUGCGCUCGUCGGUGUCCCUGCCUGGAGUGGGGCACGUGGUGCAGGCCUUGUCGGAGGAUCUCUUCUUUGUGAGCCUCCCGAUCGACAAUAUCCUCGGCGCGGGGGUGUCUUUGGGCGAUUUGACUGCGUUCAUGGAGACCGCAGAGGCGGCGAAGGUCGUCAAAGAUGUUGGGAUCAUCCAGAAGCUGAAGCCCAUGCAGUGCGUCUACAUCCCCUGGGGCUGGUUGUUCAUGCCUUUCCACGUGAACGUGGACAGGGCCAAGAAGGUGGAGCCGACUGAGUUUGCUGGAAUCUGGAUGCAGCCCUACUGGAACGUGGAGGCCAUGAAGAUUGCCCCCCAUAAUGUUUUGGAGGCGGUCCUGAACUACAACGUGGAAGUGCUCACGAGGACAGG